GCCUCGGAGGAGCUGCUGAAGGAGCACUACGUGGCCCUCCGGGACCGACCCUUCUUCGGCCGCCUGGUGAAGUACAUGAGCUCGGGCCCCAUCGUGGCCAUGGUCUGGCAGGGCCUGGAUGUGGUGAAGACAGUUCGCACGAUGAUUGGGGAGACCAACCCAGCUGACUCCAGGCCUGGCACCAUCCGAGGGGACUUCUGUGUUGAAGUCAGCAAGAACGUGAUCCACGGCAGUGACUCGGUAGAGAGUGCUCGGCAGGAGAUCUCCCUGUGGUUCCGCCCAGAGGAGCUGAUGUGCUGGGAGGACACAGCCCAGCACUGGAUCUACGAGUGA